AUGUCAUCGACGAGAGCGCGGCGGAGCGACGGCCGGCAGUUCGGGGUGGGCGGCCGGUGGCGGCACGUGGCGGUGGUCGACACGGGGUGUCGGUGCCGCCCGCGCCGCCAGAGGCUGGCGUCCUUCCUCUGGCCGUCCACGAAGCCGCCGGUGACGAGGAGCAGCAGCAGCUCCCAUCCGUCAUCCUUGUUCCCCUCCUCCGCCUCCACCGCUUCCUCGGCCUCCGCCCGCGUCUACAAGCACCAGCAGGAGCCCUACGGGGCGACGGCAAAGGCGUCGCCGCCGGUUGCGACGAAGAAGGUGGGCAGCAACCCGGCGAAAAAGAGGCGCGAGAAGAUGGCAGCAGCGGCGGCCGAGGAGGAGGAGGUUGGGGUGGCGGUGGAGAAGGAGUCGUCGGACCCGCGCGGCGACUUCCGUGACAGCAUGGUGCGGAUGGUGGUGGAGAUGGGGCUCUGCGACUCGGACGGCCUCCGCUCCAUGCUUCGCCGCCUGCUCGCCCUCAACGCGCCGCCACACCACGCCACCAUCCUCGCCGCCUUCGCCGAGGUCUGCGCCCAGCUCGCCUCGGAGUCUUCAGCGCCGCCGCCUCCGGCGUAUCAAUACACGAGUGACGAGUGA